AUGUCGAAGAUACAAGUCAGUUCAGAUCAGUUAAGAUCCAUCUACGGACAGCUAUAUGACGUUUUACAGGAGAAGGCUUCCUUACAUCUACCAGAACUCGACGAUCCGGUGUCGAGAGAGGUAAAUCUACAAUUGCAACUGUUCCUGACAAAUGUAAUGGAAAUGGCAUUCAACAGUUUAAAAAUUGAUGGACCACCUGCCAAUGACAUUCUAAAUUCCAGAUGUGAACCAUUCGAUCUAGAACUCAAUGAAAGGGUGAGAAAAUCCUACGAGACCUGGGAAGAAGAAACCGUUAAAGUGGCAAACCUGAAAAGAGCGGCUCAAGAGACUAUAAAUAACGUCUGGAUGGAGAAUCAAAUGGAUUACCUACGAGAAUUAGAUUCAAAGAUAGAUGCAGAGCCCGCUACAGAUACUUCCGAUAAUGCUUCUUAUGCCCUCGAACAGUACCCCAUCGACACUCAAUUGUACACAGACUCACUGGAAUCGUUAUCGAAAACACAAUCGAAGCUGCCGCAUAUGAGAAACCAACUACAAAAGCUACAGCUGCUGCUUCAACAUUUGCAAGAUGAAGGCAGUGUAGGCUAA